AUGAGGGACCGCAACAAUGUUGACGCUAAAGUCUCGCAGUCGGUGUUACAGCUGGAUCGGUCGCAUCCCUCGUCUCGUGUGAUUCGAAAAGAGUGCAGCAGCACGGCGAGUACACGGCCGCGAGGCCAGAGCCCCACAGUGACGCAGUAUGUGUUCCCUUUGCAGUUGGCUCUGAGCUUGGUGGCGUGCGCCGCGGCGUCGCCGGCCAUCGUGGGCUACUCGAGCGUGGUGCCCGUGGGCGGCGCCCCGUACUCCGCCUACUACGUCGCCCCCGCCCCCGCCCGCGCAGUGGCCGUGCCCGUCGCCGGCGUGCACGCGCAGUACCACUCGCAGGACGGGCUGGGUCGCGCCGCCUACGGCCACGCCGAGCCCCUGCAGGCGCACAACGCAGUGCAGACCCCCCUAGAAUUUCUCCGGCGCGUGUGCAUUGAGUUGCAGGACGCCGCCGGCAACAAGGUGGGCAGCUUCAGCUACGUGGCUCCUGACGGCCAGGUGGUGCGCACCGACUACGUGGCCGACGCCGCCGGCUACCGCGUGGCCAGCAACGCCCUGCCCGUCGCCCCGGUCGUCCCCGGCGCCCCCGCCCCCGCCCUCGUCCAAGCCGCCCGCGCGCUGCCGCAGCAGGUGGCCGCCGCCCGCGCCGCGCACCUCGCCGAGGUGGCCGCCGUGCGCGCGCGCUCCAAGCGCGACGUGGCCGCCGUGCUGCCCGUCGCCUACGCCAGCCCCGCCUACGUCAGCUCCGCCUACGCCAGCCCGGCCUACGUCAGCUCCGCCUACGCCAGCCCCGUCCCCGCCUACGUCUCCGGCGCCCCCGUCGCUCGCGUCGGCACGCUCACCACCGUAGUCAACACCCCCGGCCACGCCGUCUCCUACCAGAUCAACUAA